UUGGCACAGUUGAUGCGUGUAUGUAAUACAGCAUACAUCACUGAUGCUGAAAGCCAACAGCAUGUAGUGUCCACGUUCUCCCCCACUUUCUCGAUCACUUUAUCUUUUUCUUCUUCUUUUUUUUUUAUAAAUAUCUGUCCCUUUCAAAAUACACAGUCAUGUUAUCAUUUUUCCUAUAUCUAAUUUUUCUAGUUUUUCCAAUGAUUUAUUUCAUUUUAAAUAUUUUGAAAUCUCUUGAUAAUUAUUAUUGACAACAGAAACUUGACGAUUCUUUUUUAAUUGUUUCGAUUGAAUUUUUCUUUCGUAUAUAAGAUGAAUGAGAAAGCUUUUGAUUUGAACUCAAUUUAAAGGUCCUGUAAUUUUUCUCCUUACUUCUCGUUUUCAAGAAAAUCAAUCAUUGAUCUAUCAUCACUUCUGAUAGCGUUUAUUGACUCUGUCGCUUGAAAUCGAAAAAAAAAACACCACGCAGCUGGAAGAACGCAUAUUAUCUUGUGCGUAUGUUCUGUCGUCACUUCGGUGGUAUUGUGAAUUAACAUGAUGACGCGGGGAAGAAUAAUUUGUAUCAUACGACACACACAGCUCAAUCAUGCCGACCUUGCGAACCAACUAAUACCGAUCUUCGCGAGAAAGCCGAGUUUCUAUUGAUAAAUCCGAACGUUCUUAUGAUCAUCGAAUUCUUUAUUCUUAAUCACGUGUCCUAUGUGCUGAGUAGACGGUUGAAUCUCACUCAGCUGAUUAAGGAGAGCUUGGAUCCUGAACUAUAUCAGAACGCUCUACGUGACAUAUCGUUGAGAGACGUUUCUUAUUACAACGCGGAAAAUGGGGUGAACAAACUGCAGUUAGAGAGAGAUAACAGAAAUUUGAUUGCCGAAUAUCGCAAUCUUUGCGAGACAAUAACGAGAAGAGUGGAAAUUGCCGAUCCCGAUUACGAGUAUCAACCUCCGCUUUAUCACGAAGUCUACUGUAAGAGUUAUUCAUUGCUAGAUAACAACGAACAAAUGAUGACGAGAUCUUCGCAACAGAAAUGCGUUUAUCCGAUAUUUCACUGCGUACAGAGAAGUCGGAUUCUAUCUUUAGUCAGACGUCGCUGGGAAGACGAAUGUUGGGAACCUUACACCAAGGAAAUCGCUAGCGGUUGUGACUGUAUGUGGCCGGUCACUACCCUCGGCGAGAUAAGUGAUCAUUAUUGA